GAGAUGCUGAGGCCUCGUCGCUCUACCAGCCCUGUCAAAGGGGCAUCGACUCACCGCAGUCCUAUCAGACAUUCACCUGUUAAAGGCGGCUCAUUUGAUUCAGAGCUGAUGAGGGUGUUACGAGAACGAGAUGAGCUGCAGAACAUGCUGGACAAACAUGAGCGGCAUCUCUCAGAAACUCAGGCCAAUGUUAAAGUGCUCACAGCUGAACGCGACAAGACCAGAAUGCACUACCAGCAGGCUCAAGAGGAGAUCGCAGCCCUCAGACGGGAGGUGAUGAAGUCAAAAGCAUCGCGUGGGCCCAAAAGCAGCGUGACCGCCCAGAGCAUCCUAAAACGGGUUGAGACCGAACGGGACGAGGCCAUCUCAGACCUCAACCGCAUGACCACAGAGAGAGAUAGCCUGAGAGAGAGACUCAAGAUCUCUCAGGAGACAUCCAUCAGCGAGAGAGCUCACCUGGAGCAGACGCUGGAGGACCUGCAGGCCGCUGUGCUCACGCUGGAGCAGGAGCGCGGGGAACAGAAAUGCAGACAUACUCAGAUGAGAGAGAACAUGAUGGGGCUGGAGGAGGAAUUGCACACACUUACUCGAAAACUCAGUGCCAGUGAAGAAGAACUGAUUCGCUGUAGAAAUGAGUGCAGCAGCCUCAGACUGGCAAAUAAUCAGAUGGAAACUUCUCUAAGUGAGAAUCAGAGGAGACUGACCAACAGGAUUGGAGAACUGCAAAACUCUCAGGAGAGAAAUAAAUCGCUGGAUGAGAUGAAUGACUCUCUGAUGCGACAGGUGACUGUUUUGCGGGAGGAACUGAACACACUGCGGGCUACAAUCUCACAACUGGACCAGCAAAGAAACACACUGCAGGAACACCUGGAGAAGAAGAGCGAUCUGAUCAACACAGCCAAUCACCAGCUGGAAGAGAAUGAGAAAACCAUAAGGAGUUUGAAGCUGAGAGCUGAGGAUCUUGAGACGACUCUAAUAGCUUUAAGAGACACCAUAUCUGGCAGAGAAAGAGAGCUGGAUGUUCUCAGAAGAAAGUUGUCAGACUCUGAGAAAGAAAUGGACACGGUGAUGAAGGUCAAAGAUGAAACAUCACAAGAAAACGGUCAGCUGAGAGAUGACCUUGACAAAGCACAUCAGGAAAAUCAGACCCUACAGUUCAAGCUGGAUGAGGCGAAUCUGGAAAUAGGGGACUUGCAGAAAAAAGUGAAAGAUCACAUUGAAGACAUCUCACGUACUGAAGAUUUGCUGUCUGCUAAGGAGCAUGAGUGUAGAGAACUGCAAGAAUCUCGAAGGAAAGAGUCUCUUCUGGUGGAAAGCUGGGAGGACCAGGCCCGACGUGCUGAAACCACAGUCAUUGAACUCCGUCUUGAGCUUCACAACGCUAACUCAGAGAUUCUUCGACUCAGAGAAAGAGCAGAUAGUCUAGAGAACAAACUCCAACAGGCACUAAGUGCGGAGAGAAGCUGUACUAGUCAGCUGUCUCAGUUAAACCGAAAAAUGAUUCACAUGGAGGAGGAUCUGUGUCAGGCGCGGACUGAGCACACACAGGCGCAGGCAGACCUGGAAAAAACACGGGAGCUCUGCGUCAAACUGGAUGCCAGCAAAGACACUGUGCAGCGUGAGCUAGAAUCCUGCUGCUCUGAGAUCGAGUUGUUACAGAAGCAGCUGACCAGUGAACGUCUGUCCGUCCAGACUCUAGAGAGCCUGCUGGUGUCCGCUAGAGAAAAAGAGCUACAGAGGCAACUCACCUUUCAGGAAAGACAGACUGAAAUAGAAAUCCUCAAGGACAAACUUAGCAUGGCUGACAGUAAAGCGAAUUCUCAGAGCAGAGAAAUGGCUCAACUGAAGACACGAUCAUGCCAGCUGGAGGCAGAUCUGGAGAUGACCAAGAGACAUCUGUCUACUGAACGCUUCGAAAGGGAGCGUGCGGUUCAGGAGCUGCGCAGACAGGGUCUCUCAGCCAUUUCUCCUGUCCUCACCUCCACAAUGCGCUCCUCAUCCUCGUCCCAUCGUCGCUCUCUGAGUCCUCACAGAUCCUGGUCUCCUGAACACUCUCACCACAGCACUCCUGACCCACUGCUGCUGUCUCACUAUCCCGACAGGAAUCUAACUUUUAGGGACCUUCACGACUGAGACGUCAAUCUUUGAUCAGUCUUGGAUUUACUCUGAAGACAAUCAAUAGACUGUGAUCUUUUGGGACAUUGUGAGCGUGCAUUUCAAUAAACAGCUUUUUUACUAUGAAUUUAAAAGGGUGUUUACUGUUUUAAACUGAGUA